AUGCUGUCGCGUUCCAUCACAGCACUGCUGAAGAAUCCUUACGUAAAGCUCUACUUACGUCGCGAAAAUGGUGAACGAAUUGUGAAAAAGAAGACACACGUACGUCGGGCCACUGUAAAUCCCGUCUACAACGAGUCGUUCGUCUUUGAAUUACCCGAAACAAAAAUGGAUAAUUGCGUCAUCGAUCUACAAAUUUCUGGAUGCUCCUACUGUUAUACCGUAAUCUGA